CUACUCUUUCAUUACCAGAGCACUGUAAUUUGUCACUGAAUGAAACAUCUUUGAAUGAACAACUAAAACCCAACUUCCACCAAUGAAACCACACCACCACCAUCUCCGCCGCCACUUCGCCACAAAAUACACCGCAAAGAUCACCUCAACCUCCCCCACCGGCCGUUCCCUCGCCGCCGAAGUAACCCCACCACCACCUCUCCCCUCCGACCCUCUCGGCUACAAUCUCCCCCGCCCUGACCUCAUCUGCAAAGCCACUCAAAUCCUCCUCUCCACAACCCCCACCACCACUCUCCCCGACCCCUUCUCCGACCUCUCCCACUAUCUCCAAUCCCUCUCCAUCCCCCUCACCCCUCUCGAAGCUUCCCUCAUUCUCAAAUCCCUCAAAAACCCUACCCUCGCUUUCAAAUUCUUCCACUUUUGCCCCUCCCUCAAAAACGACCCUUUCAUCUAUAACCGUCUUUUCCUUACCCUCUCACGCUCCUCUUCCCAGCUUAGAUUCGAACAGACGGAGUCUUUGCUUGAUGAUAUGGAGAAACGCGGCGUGAAGGGAUCGAUUUCGACUGUUAAUAUUUUGAUUGGUUUUUUUGGUGAUUUGGAUAGGUGUGUUGGGUUGGUUAAAAAAUGGGGACUUAGGUUUAAUGCUUAUAGUUAUAAGUGUUUGCUUCAAGGCUAUUUGAGAUUGAGGGAUUGUGAUAAGGCUUUUGGGGUUUAUUUGGAUAUGUUGAGAUGUGGUUAUUCUUUGGAUAUUUUUGCUUUCAAUAUGCUUUUGGAUGCUUUGGCUAAGGAUCAAAAGGUAGAUAAAGCAUAUAAAGUUUUUGAGGACAUGAAGCGGAGGCAUUGUGAGCCUGAUACGUUCACAUACACCAUUAUGAUCAGAAUGACUGGAAAAGCCGGCAAAACUGACGAGUCGCUAGCACUCUUUCAGGCAAUGUUAGAAAAGGGCUUCACUCUAAAUUUGAUUGCUUAUAAUACUAUGAUUGAGGCACUUGCCAAGGGGCGGAUGGCGGACAAGGCCGUCCUGCUCUUCUCAAAAAUGGUUGAGAAUGGUUGUCAGCCUAAUGAAUUUACGUACAGUGUGCUUUUGAAUGUUUUGGUUGCUGAAGGACAGCUUAAUAAGCUUGACAAUAUUGUGGAGAUGUCGAAAAAAUAUAUGAAUAAGCAGAUAUAUGCAUAUUUUGUAAGGACUUUAAGCAAAUUGGGCCAUUCCUCUGAAGCACAUAGGCUAUUUUGCAACAUGUGGAACGUUCAUGACAAGGGUGAUAAAGAUGCCUACAUGUCCAUGUUGGAGAGUUUAUGCAGUAGUGGUAAAAUAGCUGAAGCAAUAGAUCUUCUGAAUAGAUUUCAUGAAAAGUGUAUAACUACUGAUACUAUCAUGUAUAAUACAGUAUUCACAGCUCUUGGUAGGUUAAAACAAGUAUCGCAUAUCCAUGAUCUUUACGAAAAGAUGAAACAAGAUGGCCCUCCACCAGACAUAUUCACAUACAAUAUUCUGAUCUCCAGCUAUGGACGGGCUGGAAGAGUUGACAGUGCUGUUAAAAUUUUCGAAGAGCUAGAGAAUAGUAAUUGUCAGCCCGAUGUUAUUUCCUAUAACAGUUUGAUCAACUGCCUCGGAAAGAAUGGAGAUGUUGACGAAGCUCACAUGAGAUUUAAAGAGAUGCAAGAGAAAGGAUUAAAUCCUGAUGUUGUAACUUAUAGUACACUUAUUGAGUGUUUUGGCAAGACGGAUAAAGUUGAGAUGGCGUGUAGCUUAUUCGAUGAAAUGAUUGCCGAGGGAUGCUCUCCUAACUUGGUAACAUAUAAUAUUUUACUCGACUGUCUUGAAAGAUCUGGAAGAACUGCCGAGGCAGUGGACCUUUAUGCAAAACUUAAGCAACAAGGACUGACACCAGAUUCAAUAACAUAUGCAGUGCUUGAGCGAUUGCAAAGUGGUAGGCACGGGAAGUUGAGAGUUCGCAGACAGAACCCAAUUACAGGAUGGGUUGUUAGCCCUUUACAAUGAUAUAGUGAUAGAAAACAAAAUCAUUGAUAUACAUUCAUUGCGCAGAUGCUGUUUGUAAUUCUCAGGUUUUUUUCGUCUAAGCCAUUAUAGCUCUGCGGCUGAGGUGAAGAACAUAUAUGGUUAUGGCCAUGUGAUGAAUUCACACUCGUGUUGAUUGGGCAACAUACUCAAGUUUUUCUGCAAUGGGAUUCUGUGUCUUGAAACAUGUGAGUUCAAUGAAAAGAGUACGGUUUCUUUCUCUUACGAAUCUCAUAUAGAUUCUGAUAAUUUAAUUCGUUAUAGGAUCUGUUAGCAAGCUCAUACUAGAUAAAGUCAUCAUAGUAAAGUUGUAUAUAGAAUUCUUCAUUCUUACAUGAAUAAUAACAGGAAAAAUCUAGUUUUAGAGGAAAGGGGAGGGCUAUUUUUUCUUGGUUUUUUAUUUGAGAUUUCCAAGAUUGUACCCCCAAGUAUACAAUCCCAUGUUGGUUCCUUGAUUAGCAUGAAGUAUUGAAUAACAUUGGAAGAAUUUGGCCAUGUAA